AUGGUGAUUCCGAGAAUUGAACUCGGAGAAAUGGGGAUUCCGAGAAUUGAACUCGGGACCUUUCGCUCCCUAAGCGAGCAUCCUACCACUGGACUAAAUCCCCUGAGUAGUCUGUAUGUUGCCAAAAAGAUUCAAAUUGAUGAUAGGAUAGGAUGUGGUCCUCCACUUUUGGCAAUUAGCUCAACACCUUUGCAGUGA